AUGGCGGAGGGCAUUGUGGGGCUGCUUAUCAGCAAGCUUGGUGCUGUGUUGGCAACAGAUGCAGCAAGGUUGUUGGGUGGAUCACAACUCUUGAAAAAAGCUUCCGCCCUGAGGGGUCUCUUCUCUGAGAUCCAUGAUGUCAAGGACGAGCUGGAGGGCAUGCAGGCAUUUCUACAGGGAGCUGAGCUGUUCAGGGACACCGAUAAGACCACCGGUAUAUUUGUCAAGAAGAUCAGAGACCUCGCGUUUGAGAUCGAAGAUGUUGUCGAUGAGUUCACCUACAAAUUGGAGGACAACCAUGGAGGAUUUGCUGGCCGGGUGAAGAAGAGGAUCAAGCAUGUGAAGACCUGGCACCGUCUCACGCAGAAGCUACAGGAGAUCAGGAGAAGGGUUGAGGCUGCUGACAGGAGGGAUGUACGGUACCAAAUGAGGGGUAUUCAGAUGAGAGGUGGAUGCAGUGCUACAUACUCAAAAUCUGUUGGUCAGACUUCCUAUUUUGCAAGGGAAGAGGAUCUUGUGGGAAUUGGGGAGAACAAAGAGCAGUUGAUUCAGUGGCUCACAGGUGACAUGGGUCCAGGGAGCAGAAUUACAACAGUUUGGGGCAUGGGAGGUGUGGGUAAGACCACUCUGGUAAACCAUGUCUACAACACUGUUAAAGUGGAAUUUGAUGCUGCUGCGUGGCUAGCUGUAUCGAAAGGUUAUGAUGUUGGAGACCUGAUGAAGAAGAUGGCCAGAGAUUUUCGUCUUGGCAGUGACAUUGUCAACAUGGAAAUUAGAAGCCUAACUGAAUCCAUGAACAGGCAUCUCCAAGGCAAAAAGUGUAUCGUGGUAAUGGAUGAUGUCUGGGGUGUGGAUGUCUGGUUCAAGGUAAGGCAUGUUUUUCCUACUAAUUGUAUCGGUCGAUUCAUCAUCACAUCAAGAAUACAUGAAGUCUCAUUACUGGCAACCACAAAUCAUGUAAUUCAGUUGAAACCACUUCACAAACAUCAUUCAUGGGAGUUAUUUUGCAAGGAGGCAUUCUGGAACAGUGACAGCAAAACAUGUCCACCAGACCUAAUAUGUUUAGCACAAAAGUUUGUGGAGAAGUGUAAUGGUUUGCCUAUUGCGAUUGCUUGCAUUGGUCGCCUACUGUCCUGCAAACAGCUAACAUACUCCGAAUGGGAAAAUAUGUACAAGCAAUUGGAACUUCAACUUACUAACAAUGCAAUCUUUGAUGUCAAUAGUAUUUUGAAGCUCAGUUUGGAAGACCUCCCAUACGAUUUACGAAAUUGUUUGAUGUACUGUACGAUAUUCCCAGAAGACUAUUUGAUACGUCGAAGAAAUAUAAUGCGACAAUGGAUAACAGCUGGUUUUAUCAAAGAAAUAGAGAACAAAACACUGGAAGAAGUGGCAGAGGGCUACCUUAAUGAACUUGUUAACAGAAGCCUACUUCAAGCAGUGGAGAGGAAUGAAAAUGGACGGCUGCGCAGAUGCCAAAUGCAUGACAUUAUCCACCUUCUUGCCCUCAAAAAAUCAAAUGAAGAAUGCUUUUGUCAAGUUUACAGUGGUUCUAGGAAAGUUCUAGUAGCAGGCAGCCGGCGGUUAUCAAUUCAGAGUGAAAACCUUGAACAAUUGGAUCUGUCUGGUGCUACGUAUUUACGCGCACUCCAUGUUUUCAAGAGUCAUAUCAACACUGAUUUGCUGAGACGUAUCUUAGAAUCUUCAAAAAUGUUAUCAACCUUGGCUCUAGAAAAUGUUCGCAUCAAAAUGCUGCCUAAAGAAGUAUUUGACUUGUUUAAUUUGCGGUAUUUGGGACUUCAGAAUACUGACAUUGAAACUCUACCAGAAUCAUUGGGAAGAUUGCAAAACUUAGAAGUCCUGGAUGCUUUUGAGACAAACAUAAUAUAUUUACCAAAGCAUGUAGUGAAGCUUAAAAAGCUUAGAUAUUUAUUCGCAGGAAAAUUUUUUAAAGAUCAUGCAGUCAUGGGUGCAUUUAGAGGAGUCCAGAUGGCAGAUGGUUUGAGGCACUUGACAGGAUUGCACUGUCUUCAGUGUGUUAAAGCGAGCUCAGAGAUUCUGCAUGAUGUUGGGGCCUUGACAGAGCUAAGAACGUUGGGUGUCUCGAACGUGAAAAGCAAAUACUGUGCUGACUUGUGUGAUGCUAUCAGCAAACUGAGCCAUCUUGUUCAUCUGGAAAUCACGGCUUCAGGUGAGAUGGAGGUACUGCGUCUACAAGGGCUCCAUUUACCUAUGACCCUUUCUUGGCUUGGCAUAGAAGGGGAGCUGGAAAAAACGUCUAUGCCUCAGGUUCUCUCAUCCUGGUCCCAUCUGAACAAACUCACUCGGUUGAGGCUGGCAUUCUGCAACCUUGAUGAAGACUCAUUUUCUAGCCUCCUCGUGUUACAUGGUUUAUGCUGGCUGGACAUUUCAUCGAGGGCGUAUGUAGGGAAGAGGCUCAACUUUUAUGAUGGAUCAUUUCCAAAAUUACGAACUCUGACUAUAGGGGGCGCUCCUGAGCUCAACCAAGUAGAUAUAGAAAAAGGUGCAAUGCAAAGCCUCGUUGAUCUUACGUUCAUAGACUGCCCUCAUUUGAGUGAUCUUCCCCAUGGCGUUGAACACCUGACAGUCCUUGAGAAAUUGUAUUUGCUUGAAGCGUCAGAAGAGCUCAUAGAAAGGCUCCGCCAAAUGAAGAAAUCUGGUGAAUGCAGUGAAGAUCGUGUCAGGAUAAGCCACAUAAGAAAUGUCACCAUUGGGCAAGUCCAGAAACAAAUAUGGGAAAGGAUUAUUAUGUGA